AUGACGCGUGACCUCAAAAUCUAUGUUUGUGAUUACUGGAGAAACUUGACUCCUCGGAGCAUAAGUUUUAGGCAUGGCCAAGGUUGUAAUAAAGCUGUCAUCAACUGUGAUUAUUCUCUUCAAGGUCUAAUUGUUACUUGUUCAAAGGAAUUGGCAAGUUUUGAUUUGUUCGUUGAGGAGGUUUCUAAUGGUGGUGUUUCUAGCUCUUCAUCUGGUAUUUCCACGCAGUCGCUCAGUGACGAUGAAUCAUGUAGUGGGUUCACUGAGACUUCAAAGAUUAAAUACCUGACGGAAGGUCAUGAGGAGGAUAUUUUUAGAGGUGUUGGUCAAGUCUUUCAUGGUGGUGUUGAAGAGUUGUGCUUAGCUGUCGACAAAUAUUGCAGCAAGUCUGGCUAUACAGUUGCAAAGCUUAAGAAUGAUAGACUUAGGUUCACAACAAAGUGUGGUAGGGAUGCAGAUUAUACUUGGCAUUUGCAUGCUAUUCCAAUUGAUACUGCUAAAACUGUGUUUGCUAUCAAGGAAUUCGAUGGGAAUCAUACAUGUGAUGGAGCUUAUAAGCUGAAGUAUCCCCCUGAGAAGAGGAAAUUCAUAAAACAUAUAUUCAAGGAUCAAAUACAGUCAAAUCCGUCGAUAAAGCCUAAGGAUAUGGUUGCUCAGCAACAAAGGCUACCAAUCCUGGCAGCUAUAUUAAGUUUGAAUAUAAUAAAGAGACUAAACGGUUUGAGAGGCUUUUCAUAUGUUUUGCUGCCUGUAUCGAAGAAUACAGAUUGUGAUGCAAUAUUUCUUACUGGGAGAUUCAGGGGAACGUUGUUGGCUGCCACAGGUGUUUUUCCUUUUGUGUUUGUUUUAGUUCCUUCUGAGGACAUUGAAGGCUGGGAGUGGUUCAUCGAAAACUUGCAGCAUUGUGUUGACUCUCGUCCUAUCACCUUUAUCACUGAUCGUCAUGAACGGCUGAAGCAAAGUAUUCCUAAGUAUUUUCCCAACUCUUAUCAUAGUUACUGUUUUUAUCAUUUGAAGAAUAACCUUCCUAUCAAGAAAGGACAUGAGAAAUAUAAACAAGUUUUGGAGUUGUUCCAUAAAGCUGCAUACUGCUACAGCGUUGCCAAAUAUGAGUCUGCUUUGAAUGAGAUGUGCACCAUAGGAUGUGGUUGGGUUCCCAAGUACAUCAGAAAUAUCGAUCCCAAGCACUGGGAAAAUGCUUUCUUCGUAGGAUGUAGGUACGACACACACUCAUCAAGUAUUGCAGAGUCUUUCAAUAACUGGAUUCAUCGUGAAAGGGAUCUGCCUCCAGCUGAUCUUGUUGAUGAGCUCAGGAUAAAGAUUAUGAGGAUGAGUUCAGAAAGGCAUGAGCUUGGUAGAAAUUAUCAAGAUAGUUUGACUCCCAUAUAUAAAGAUUUACUCAAGUCGCAUGUCGAUAUAGGUCUUCCAUGGAAUGUUACCGAGUCAGGUAAUGGUAUAUAUGAGGUUCACUCUCCCAGCUCUCAUGAUGUUGAUCUGAUGCAGAUGACGUGCACUUGCUAG